UUUCAAUGUGGGUUCCUACUUCUGUUUUUAUUAUCUCCAUCUCAGUUGUAAUGGGUUGUUGAUGCUUCUUUUGGGCAAAAUUCAUAUAAUUCUGCAUUCUUCUUUUUGCUGCUAUUGGUGAAAGAUUUGUCUUUCUUUUUUUUUUUUCUUCCAAAAUUUUUGCUACAUUUACAUAAUUUAGCUGCUUCAUGCUUGUUUCUACUUGAUAGAAUAGAAUCUGCACAAGAAUAAGAAUCUAGGUGAACAAUGUCCUCAUUCGCUAAAGAUGUUGUUUUCUCCCUUUUCUUUUUUGUAGUUGAAGCCAAUUUCCUUGUGCCUUCUCUUCCAAAAAAAAAGUUCAUUUCUUCAUCCCUUUUGGUUCUUUACUCUGCCUUUUCUUUUCCUUUUCAUUUUUGUUUUCUAAGCAGCCUCUUGUGUGUCUUCGGAAACAUGCCUGCUUUUUAUUACUAUCUUUGAAGAAUUUGUCUUUUAAUUUUUUCUUUCUUUCUGAUAUUUCUUAUCCUAGAUUUUUCUUGAUUAGAGAAAUUUUGUUUAAAAAAAAAAAAGAUAAUUUGUAAGCUUUCUUUCUCAAAUUUUUCUUACGUUAUAAGAUUAUCUUUGACAUACAAGUGGAGGAUUUUAAGGGAUUUCUUUAUAAUUUUUACUCAUUGUUGGUAUUUUCAAGCUCUAAUCCAUGGAGCACCAUGAUUCCCGGUCUUCACUUCCAAGUCGGAAAAGGAAGUUGCAAGAAGAAGAAGAAGAAGAUGAGGGCAUGCUUAGCUUCUCCAUGGAUGAGCUCAAUCAAGACCUUCUUGAAAGAGUUCUUUCCUGGCUUCCAACCUCCACAUUUUUUCGGCUCCGAUCAGUGUGCAAGAGAUGGAAAUCAGUAGCAGAUUCUGCAAGUUUCAAGUUUGCCUGCUCUCAGAUUCCUUCUAGAGACCCAUGGUUUUUUAUGGUCGAUCCCCACCUUCGCAAAUGGACCAUCUUUGACUCUGCUGAAAGAAGUUGGAAGAAAAUCAAUCACCCUCCUCUCCUCCAGCAAAGUUCUAACUCUAACUCCAUGCCUGUGGCAGCUUCUGGUGGCUUAGUCUGCUUCAGCAAUGACUCAGGUUGUUUAAUUGUAUGCAAUCCUGUGACAGGAUCCUGCCGCGAACUCUCUCCACUCAAUCAUGCUACAGAAAAUCAAUCUCUCCAUGUCAUUGCUAUGAGCAAAUGUUGUAAGCCCCAGCAGUCUUACAAACUUGUUUUGGUCUCUGGUGAACUACCAACAUUAUCGUGCAAAAUCUAUAAUUCAAGUACCAAUUGUUGGGAUGAGGAGAUUUUAUUGAAAAGAAAGGCUGAUGAGACUCAGGAAUUUGAAUCAAAUGAUGAUAAUGCUGUCUAUUUCCUUAGCAAAUCCGGAAAUGUUGUGGCAACAGAUAUGCAAAGAAGUCCAUUUAAGCAGUAUUCAUCAAUUAUGACUGUUAAAGAUGGAGAGGAAAUUGCUUAUUUCCUUAGCUCAUUCGGAACGAUUGUAGCUUGCAAUCUGACCCACAAGUGCUUCUCUGAGUACCCUAGGCUAUUGCCAGUCUUUUAUGAAUACUCCAUUGAUGUGGUGGAAUGUGGAGGAGAAAUGCUUGUGGUUUUGCUGUCAGAAUUCUUUGGAAGUGCAAGCCUCAGAGUCUGGAGGUUCGAUGGGGUUACUCGAUCCUGGCAGCAGAUUGCAGCGAUGCCUCCAGCAAUGUCUCACGAGUUCUAUGGGAAGAAGGUGGACAUAAACUGUGUUGGAGCUGGUGACCAGAUAUUUAUCUGCUUAAAUUCUGCUGGGUUCUUCAGCUACAUUCUGUGUGAUUUGAGGACCAAUGCUUGGGUAGAAUUGCCCAAGUGCUUUAUUAAUGGUGAAGCUGUGGAGUUCAUGUCUGCUUUCUCAUUUGAGCCAAGGAUUGAGGCUUCUGUCUGAAAACAAAGAUUAUUUUACAGAUGAGAAUAUUAAUGAUUCUAAUUGCUAUUUGUGAUAUUCUUUUUCCUUCUAACUCAUUAUUUGUUUUCUCUGUUGUAUUUUUCUUAUAUUCUCUUAAUGUUGAUUAUUUUGGCAAA